AUGUUGCAAAUACGUAAUAUUCAUUGUUAUGCUGAUGAUAGCACUGGCGAUGCCACAUACUCCGGGCACGCACGAAUCUCUCAGGAGCAGGUGGAUCAGUAUCGGAACGAACUUGUGUCCAACAUUGAUAAUACCCUGGAUGCAAUCUCCAGUUGGGGACAGAAUAACCUUGUGAAGUUCAACCCAUCAAAGACACAAGUGUGCGCAUUCACCGCCAAAAAGAAGCCGUUCACGUUGACUCCUCGAUUCCAAAACACUCUCCUCAAAGCCACGCCGAAUAUCGGGAUUCUCGGUGUCGACAUUGCGAGCGACGUGCAGUUCAGGGGUCAUUUAGAGGACAAGGCCAAAUUGGCUUCUAAGAAACUUGGGGUGCUUGCUAGAGCGAGACAGUAUUUCACGCCAGCUCACCGCCUGCAACUCUAUAAGGCACAAGUUCGGCCCCAUAUGGAAUACUGUUCUCACCUUUGGGCUGGAGCACCCCAAUACCAACUACUUCCUCUUGACCGCCUGCAACGUCGAGCCACACGAAUCGUCGGCAAACCCGAGCUAACCGAUCGGCUCGAUCCAUUGGCACUGCGGCGGGACGUUGCAUCUCUGUGCGUAUUCUACCGCCUGUACAAUGGGGAGUGUUCCGAGGAACUUUUUGGCUUAAUACCGGCUGCCAAAUUCCACAAUCGCACUGCACGACACAAGCUCAAGUACCAUCCGCACCACCUGGAUGAGUGGCUAUCAACAACUGUGCGUUUUUCACGGCAUUUUCUGCCCCGAACAACAAAAUUGUGGAACAGCUUGCCUUCUUCGGUGUUUCCAUCUACCUACGAUAUGGAUGUCUUCAAAAAAAGAGCCUACGCGUCCCUCAAAGGCCGGCAAAACAAUCGCAAAGUUACCUAA